AUGGAGGCCCACAUCUACGGUGCCAUGUUACUUGGUCACUGGGAGGAAGCAGCUAAAGAUUUGGCCACAGCCUGCAAACUGGACUAUGAUGAAGAUGCCAGUGCCAUGCUGAAGGAGGUUCAACCUAAAGCCAACAAGAUCCAGGAGCACCAGUGUAAAUACGAGUCUAAACGAGAGGAGAGUGAGAUCAGAGAACGGCAGGAGCGAGUGAAAAACGCGAGGGAGGAGCAUGAGAAAGCACAGAGGGAGCAGGAAUCCAGGCAGGAGGAGGAGCACAAGGAGGCUUCCCAGGAUUCCCAGGACCCUGAAGUGAUGGCAGCCUUCAAGGAAGUGGCUCAGAAUCCAGCCAACAUCUCCAAAUACCAGGGCAACCCGAAGAUCAUGGCUCUCAUCAACAAACUGAGCUCCAAGUUCAGCAACCCGCAGGCCUAGGUGGCCAAACGACACGUGUUUAGUGAUGAGGUCAAUGCUCUGAAAUAGUGCUCACUGCCCCUCUCUCUCUGUCUCUCUCUCGGUCUCUCUUGCUUAAAUGAUGUAUUUCUUCCUCUGCACUAACACGGGUGGUGACUGGAUGGAGGUGAGAUAAACAUGUAGUAAAUGCUUUUUAACUCACACACUAGAUAGAUUUCAGGACUAUUUAAGAGCAUUGGAACACCACCAUGAAGGAGUUAGGCAUAGGGAACAGCUAAUCAGUGUAAAUCAUUAAUCGUGGAUUGUACUUCCAUACUGAUAGUGAAACAGAAGAUGAACCAAGGGGCAAGUUAAGCUAUUCUUUAUUUAUCAACAGCGCAGUGGGAUAUUUUACUAUACUGUUGAAUUACUUUUCAUUUAUCCUUUCGGAAAAAUGGUAGUCAUUCAUUGUAGCGAAGUUAUGUUAGCUUUUUGUGAGCUAGCUAGCUAACAUUAGCUAACGACGUUAUAUGUUGAACACCUGGACGAAGUCAUGGCUUGGCUAGCUACAUACUUACUAGCUAGCUUUACUGGUAGUCAUCAGGGACAUGCUGAGUCUGUAGA